UAAACGAAACAUAUUUACGAGAUGAAAUUGCAAAUAUUUGCAAUAAUUGCGGCGCUUGCCGCCGUUAAUGGUGGGAUUCUUCAGAAUCCAUGCACGCAAUCCGGGUACUUUGCGUUCAUCGAUAAUAUGCCAACGUUUUAUAGUUGCUCUUUGAAUGAUGACGGUUCGUACGCGAUUCAAUAUUUAUCCUGCUCAAAUGGAUACGUUUUCAGUCAAAGCGCUGGUAAUUGUGUUUUAAAAGAUCAAGCAAACGUUGUCGAUACUACAGUUUCCUCAACAAGCACUACUGAAGUGCCCUUAACAAGUACUGCCGCAGCUACAAGUACUACACGUGGAGAGCCAGUUACAACUGGAGAACCUUCAAGUUCGGAGGUACCCAUUGUUUCGAGCACACAAGAUGUACCAGUAUCUACAACUCUAAAAUCCACCGAAAAACCAAUUACCACCACUGUACAACCCUACACUAAUGAAGUAGUAAGUACCACAAUUGAAGAACCGCGCACUACUCAAGAGUCGACAAGUACGGAUAAGCCUGACGAGAAUUUGACCAUUGCUGAUGGACCUACUGCGGUUACAGAAGAAACAACGUUAGCAACAGAAACUACACAAGCCACAAGAACUACUGAAGAAUCAAUCGUUACCGAAGAUCCAACAGAAAGCACUUCAUCCAUUCCAAGUGUCACAACUUUAACACCAGAAUCUACUGCAGUGCCAGAUGCACCAAGCACUACUGAAGAAACAACUGUUACUGGAGAUAAGACCACAACGGAAGGAUCAGAUACUACAGCAGCACCCGAGGAAAAUGAAACAACUGUAAUUACAGAAUCCACCGAUGUUCCAGAUGCACCAAGCACUACUGAAGACCCUGCAGACAAUACUACAACAGAAGGAUCAGGUAGCACAGAAGCACCCGAGGAAAAAGAGACAACGGUAACUACAGAAUCUAAUGAACUUCCAGAAGAACGAAGUACUACUGAAGAACCUGAAGAUAGUACCACAACGGAAGGAUCAGGUAGCACAGAAGAGCCCGAAGAAAAUGAGACAACUGUAGCUACAGAAUCUACUGAUGUUCCAGAGGCACCAAGUACUACUGAGGAGCCUGAAGAUAAUACCACAACAGAAGGAUCAGGUUCUACAGAAGCACCCGAGGAAAGUGAGACAACUGUAAUUACAGAAUCUACCGAUGUUCCAGAUGCACCAAGCAGUACCGAAGAACCUGCCGACAAUACCACAACAGAAGGAUCAGAUAGCACAGAAGCACCCGAGGAAAAUGAGACAACUGUAACUACAGAAUCUAAUGAACUUCCAGGAGAACCAAGUACUACUGAAGAACCUGAAGACAGUACCACAACGGAAGGAUCAGGUAGCACAGAAGAGCCUGAAGAAAAUGAGACAACUGUGGCUACAGAAUCUACUGUUAUUCCGGAGGAACCAGGUACUACAGAAGGUAAUACCACAACAGAAGAGCCCGAAGAAAAUGAGACAACUGUAGGUACAGAAUCUACUGAUGUUCCAGAGGAACCAAGUACUACUGAAGAACCUGAAGAUAAUACCACAACAGAAGAUCCCGAAGAAAAUGAGACAACUGUGGCUACAGAAUCUACUGAUAUUCCAGAGGAACCAAGUACUACUACAGAGUCUAAUGAACUUCCUGAAGAACCAAGUACUCCUGAAGAACCUGAAGACAAUACCACAACAGAAGAUCCCGAAGAAAAUGAGACAACUGUAGGUACAGAAUCUACUGAUGUUCCAGAGGAACCAAGUACUACUGAAGAACCUGAAGAUAAUACCACAACGGAAGGAUCAGGUAGCACAGAGGCACCCGAAGAAAAUGAGACAACUGUAACUACCGAAUCUACUGAAGUUCCAGAGGCACCAAGUACUACUAAGGAGCCUGAAGAUAAUACCACGACAGAAGAACCCGAAGAAAAUGAGACAACUGUGGCUACAGAAUCUACUGAUAUUCCAGAGGAACCAAGUACUACUACAGAGUCUAAUGAACUUCCAGAAGAACCAAGUACUACUGAAGAACCUGAAGACAAUACCACAACAGAAGAUCCCGAAGAAAAGGAGACAACUGUGGCUACAGAAUCUACUGAUGUUCCAGCGGAACCAAGUACUACUGAAGAACCUGAAGACAAUACCACAACGGAAGGAUCAGAUAGCACAGAAGCACCCGAGGGAAAUGAGACAACUGUAGCUACUGAACCUACUGAAGUCCCAGAGGCACCAAGUACUACUGAAGAACCUGAAGACAAUACCACAACGGAAGGAUCAGAUAGCACAGAAGCACCCGAGGAAAAUGAGACAACUGUAGCUACCACAAAUGAAGGUGAAAUUACAAAAGCACCAGAAGUCCCUUCCACAGAAAUUCCAGAACAGCCAGAAACGACAGGCGCGCCCAGCAGCACUGGUGCACCAACCACAAAGGAACCUGAGAUAACAGAAGGAUCACCAAGUACUGAAGCCAGCACCACAGAAGUAUCGCAAACUACUACUACUCAAGGUCCAGCUACAACAAAAGAACCAGAAACCAGUGAAGUACCACCAAGACCCAGUGGUAAACCACCCCAUGUGUCGUCUACCACACCAGCGCCAGUUACAACCAACUCACCUAGGACCACAGUAAAACAACCGCCUAAACGCACAAGCACGGUUACUACGAAAGCGCCCACAACACCUAGAAAACCACCACCAGAACACUUAAAAUGCCCCUAUGAAGGCUUCUUCCCAAGUGAAGACGGUUGCAAAAAGUUUGCCUACUGUGCCAAAUUUUUCGGUAAAAUGAAGCAGUAUGAUUUGAAGUGUCCCCGCGGACAAAAAUUCAAUAGGAACACACUCUAUUGUGAUCCAGAAAUCGAUUGUGAAAACAGUGAUGAAAGCAGCAGUGAAGUAGCUCCUAUUGAGCACCACAAACCGUUCACCUGCUUAGUGGAGGGUACCUUCGCCCAUAAGAAUGAUUGUACCAAAUACUAUACCUGCGAGUGGAGUACGAAACAUCGCAAUUUCCUUCAGUUACCCAGCGCUUGUCCGAGCGGUGAGGUCUUCCGUCUAGAGUCUGGCUCAUGCGGUCGUGAGCGCCGACUGACUUGUUUCUUACGGCCAAACGGUUCCAAAUACUACGAUCACGAAUCGUCCAAAUGAGUCUAAUGCGAGAGACCGCACUUCGUGCACUCGUAUUUAUGUAUAAGUAAUG